GGGAUGCCGCGGGUCCGGGUCGCGGUGAGUGGGGUCCGAGCCAGGGUUUGGAGCUUAGUUUGAGCCUUGUUUAGAGUGGGCUGGAGAGGUAAGAGGUUGCUGUGGAUUUGAUCAUCAGUGUUUGAUCCCUUGCAACGUGGACACAGAAAGCUGAUCAAUCUGUAAAGAGAUUCGCUGGAGCAGGGGAAGGUUGGGAUCCUGCGAUGGCUCCAAAAGCCAAGAAAAGUUUAAGAGGUUCUAUUGAUGAUUUGCUUGAUGACCUUCUAGGAUAUGAUGAUGAAACCCCUGUUAAAUCUUCCAGAGCUUCUCAACCAGUUGGGAGCAGCAAUGGGAGAGCCCGGGGCAGCAGCUCACAGGCCAGCAAGAAGUCCUUUCUGGAGGAUGAUUUCUUCUCCAAAGUCCCAGCAGAGGAUAUGGAAGCUGCAGAGGAGUUCAGUGUCUCUGAUGCAGACCCACAAGCUCUGCUGCAUACCAUGAAAGACAUGGAUGACCUCGAAGCUGAACUCCUGGGACUACCAAAACCCAGUUCUGGGCCAGGGGAGACAACUGUGAAAAGCCCUGGAAAAUGUGACUCUUUGGGAGAAGCUGUGAAAACCACAGGGAAGCUGUUAGCUCCUGAGAAAAGAGAGUCUGUACCUGGGAUGGAGAAGAAGCCACUCUCAUCUGCCACUGCCCCCCAAAAGUACAAGAAAUUUAACUUUGAAGAUCUAGAUGAUCCUUUGGCAGGGCUUUUAUCUGAUGAGGAGAAGAGUGCUCCAGAGAAGCCAGCACAAGGAGGCUCUAAAAACAGCUCAGAGAAAAAAGCAGAGCAAAGCAAAGAGAAAGAGCCAACCCCAACCCAGGUGCCCCUGCACACCACAGCCCCAGUGAGGAGGAGGGAAAAGCUAACAUUUGAGGAUGAUGGUGAUGACCUGAUGGAUGCACUGGGAUUUGGCAGUGACCCAAAAGGAGAUGAGAAGCAGGGAAAGAAGACAGAAGACAGAGAGGAGCUCCAGCCAGCCUGCGCCAAGCUGGAUGAGUUGCUGGGACAAGGCUCUGUGGCCAAAAUCCUGGAACCAUCUGGCAUGGGAGAAUGCAAGGAGUUCCAAGUGGAUCAGAAGUACCAAAAGCAGCCAGAGAAGGAAGAAGGUUGGAACGAGGAGGAUUUUGUUUUUGGAACCUACCAGCCCACCGUGGCUUCCAAACCUGAGGGCCGGUCAUCAAGGAGACAGUCAGUGAGCAGGUUUUCAGCUGAGAGCAGCAAUGAACCAAAACCAGACCCCCGCUCCAAACCUCCUCCACAGAGGAGGCAAAGCUCUGUGCGGGGCAGUGGAAGUGGAGGCGACUGGCUGGGCUUGAAGGAUGAGGAAUUUCUGGGUUUGGAGUCACCAUCGCCAGCAAAGGCCAAUCCUGCUGUCAGCUACCCCACCCCUGCCACAGCCAGGAGGCCUGGCUCCACCACCCAGCUCCUGGAUGCAGAGGACACAGCAGCUAAACCCGACCUGCUGGAGGAGGAGGACUGGCUGAGUGCUGCCCUGGCUCGAAAGAAAGCCCAAGCACAGGCAAAGGCCCAGGAGAGAAAUGCCAAGGCCUCAGAGGCCCUUGGUGAAGGGCUGGAUCCCCACUCCCCCAUCAGGCAGCCAGUUGCCUCCAGAGGAGCACUGCAGCAGGCAUCUGCCCUGCAGGACAAGGCAGUUAGCACAGGCAGUUCUGGGCAGUCGGUCCCCUGGCUCAGCACCAUUGCAGGAGCCUCAGCUCACCCGUCGGAGGUUGCCAAGGGGGAACCCUCCAGAGAUGCCAGCACCCUGGUCCCCACAGCCUUGGUCCCAGGGGAGCAGGAGACACGGGACCCUGCCCCAUUGGUUCAGGUUACUGCACCCAGGGCACAACUCCAGGCUGCCCCACAGCUGCAGGUCGAGUCCCCAGCCCUGGGCUUGCUGCAGAAGAGGAGGCCGGCGUCUCCUCCAGCCCAACUCCAGGAGGAUGUGUCAGGCUGUCAGGUAGCACUGAUCAGUGCCCAGACACGUGUGGCAGAGCUGGAGAGCCAGGUCCGGACGCUGGAGCUGGAGCGGACGCAGCACAAACUGCUGCUGGAGAGUCUCCAGCAGCGGCACCAGGAGGACCUGGAUCUCCUUGAAAAUGCACACAGGAGCCAGAUGAAGGUGAUGGAAGAGACCUACAGGCAGCGGGAGGAGAGGCUGCAGCAGGAGAAGGAGCAGCUGGCAGCUCAGCUGGUGUCACAGAGCCAGGACAUGGAGCAGGCUCGGGCAGAGCUGGUGGCACAGCACCAGCAGCGUGUGGCCACACUGGAGCAGCAGAGCACACUGGAGAUGGAGCGGCUGCGAGAGCUGCAGAGGGUGUCUGUCCAGGAGAUGUGCAAAGACUACGAAGAGCAGCUCCAGCGGUUGAAACGACUGAAAGACCAGGAGAUUGAUGCAGUGACCAGUGCCACUUCACAGACCAGGUCUCUGAACAGCAUCGUUGAGCAGAUUGAGAAGUUCUCCAGUGACCUACACAACCUCUUGCACAAGGUGGAGACCACACACCACACCACCUCCCAGGAGUUGGCCACGGAGGCACGGCAGCGGGACAGGCAGCUCAAGGUGCUCCAGGAAAGGCUGGCACAGCAGCAGAGGGACAUGGAGGAGGAGCGGAGCCGAUUUCAGGAGGUGAUUGCCAAAAUGGAUGCCAGGCUGGGUGAGCAGACUCGGCUGCUGGAGCAGGAGCGAUGGAGAGCAACAACAGAGCAAUCCAAGGUGGAAUCACAGCAGCACUCACUAGAGGAGCAGCGGCGAGUCAUGACCCAGCAGCUCUCCAUGGAGCGAGCAGAGUUGGAGAGGGCGAAGAGUGCUCUGCUGGAGGAGCAAAAGUCAGUGAUGCAGAAGUGCUCAGAGGAGCGACGGAAGCUGGCGGCUGAGUGGGGUGAAUUUCACACCCAGCAGAAGCUGAGCAAGGAGCGGUUGGAGCAUGACAUGGACCGAGCCCGGCAGAUGGACUCUCAGAGAGAAGGCACCAUCAUGAGCUUGGCCAAGGAGCAGGCAGAGCUGACGUUCCGGGGCCGUGAGCUGAAAGCAAAGGAGGAGAAGCUAGUGAGGGACAGGGAGCUGCUGGAGGAGGCCUGGCAGGAGCUGAGGCAGGAGAAGGAGAAGGUGAACAUGGCCAUGCUGCAUGUCCAAAGGCAGGAGGAGGAGGCUAAAAGGGUGGCCAAGCUCUCAUCCCAGAAGUAUGAGGAAGGGGAGCGAGCUCUGCGGGAGGCACGCAGGGUGGAGUCCCAGCACCAGAGCAGGCUGCAGGUCAUGCAGCAACACCUGGAGCAGCUGAAGCAGCAGGAGCAGCAUCUGCACCAGAUGAGGCAGGAGUGGCUGAUCAGGGUUUCCCAGGGGACACAGCUGCACAGGGAGCUGCCCAGCAACCCCAUGACGCUGCUGACCACAGACCAGGACCUCAGUGCCCACUCCAGGAUACUGUUUCCUCCACCAGCAGCAACAUCACCCACGCAGGCUUUUGUUCCAGGCUUUCCUCCUCUCAACAGGGAUCUCCCUCAGCACAGCCUGGGUGAUGGCGGGGAAAGCCUGGCCAUGGCCAGCCCUGCAGUGUUCUACACCCAACUGCUGCUGUUGCAGCACCAGGCCCAGCAGGACCGUGAUUUCUUAGAGGAUGAGGAAUUCUUCCUGGAGACCCUGACGAAAGCAUCCAGCAACACUUCAUCUUUGUCUUACUGAGGAUGUGGGGUCCUCACACACUCUACAAGGGACAGCUGGGUCCGUCCUUGCAGGACACUGCUGUGUCCCUCACAUUAGGGUGGAAAACAGUAAAUAGUUUCA